ACAUAGAGCAACUCCUACUGGCUUAAGACAGGUUGAGAACGUUAAUAUUCACCACGGUACUGAUUUGCCUGAGUUAUAUUUUCCAAUCAUCCCAGUAACGCUUCGUCAUAAUAAUAGGGAGGUCGACACAUUCGCGUUCAUGGAUACGGGUUCAUCUGCGAGUUUAAUACAUCGAGAGCUCAAAGAAGAGUUGCAGGUAAAUGGAUCUCCACGACCAUUUUCGCUAGCUUGGACUAACGGAUCAAUACAAGAUGAGCCGGAAAGUCAAACCAUCUCGAUCUCGGUUAAGGAUCAGGAUGGGAGAUUUAUAAGCCUUGAUGGAUUAAGGACAGUAGAAUCUAUGGUGCUGCCAAAACAAACAGUUAACGGAAUGGAACUUAGAAGAAAAUAUCGCCAUUUGAGAGGCAUCGAUUUACAAAGCUAUCGUGAUGGAGCUCCGAAGCUAAUUAUCGGAUUACCACAUGCGCAUCUAAUAUGCGCAUUGCAAACCAGAACUGGGCAAGCAGGCGGACCGAUAGCAAUUCAAACCCACUUGGGAUGGGUAUUGUUAGGAACAAAUUAUCUUAAUAGCAAGCAACCAAAACUCUUUUCUCUAAUCGAAGCAAAAAAUGCUAACAAGGAUAUAGCGAGCACGAUGAGAAAUCACGUCCCAAAGGAAGAUUUCGGUGUUAAAUUGAAUUAUAAGAUACCGCAGCCCAAGGACGAAAAGAGGGUGGAAAUAGAAAAAACUAUAAGGAAAACAGAAACUGUUCACGAGAUAGGGAAAACGGAAGUCGUCAGUAUACCAGAAGAAUGUGGUCAGUCUUUGAGGCGACUACAAAGCCUGGAAAGAAAAUUGACACGAGAUGGAACGUCAGAAAAAUUACACCGUAAGGAAACAGACGCAUACGGCAAAAAAGAUUGCGCGCGUGAAAACGAUCGAAGUGAGACAAUAAGAGAUAAGUUUAGUCCCAAGGCUAAUUAUGUACCAAACUUUGCUAUAGUAAAGUACAACAAACCUAUACGUAAACCAAGACUGGUCUUUGACACAGGUACAAGAAGUAAACAGCGUUCUCUCGCUAUUUAAUGAAACCUAUAUGCAAUUCAUGAUAAAUAAUAUGUCCUGCGGACCACGAAAACGAUGAGCCUCUCACACCAAACCAUUUCUAAUAGACUGUUCUGGAGAAGCAGAACCAAUUCAUUGUGAGAUUUCGGAAGCUGAAGCUUUAAAGACACAUUGGAAGAAAGCCCAAUGGGUUGCACAAAAAUACUGGUCUAGGUGGAUAAAAGAAUUUCUACCUCGAUUGGUAACGCGAGAGAAAUGGUUAAAACCAGUGAAAGAAUUGCGCAUAGGCGACAUAGUAGCAUUUCCAGAUGAGCAGACUCGCGGAAGGUGGCGUAAGGGGAUAAUUACGCAAGUGCAAGAAGGAAAGGAUAAACAGGUUCGAUCCGUAACGAUAAGAGUAGGAAGUUUAUUUAUUAGAAGACCAGCGGUAAAGGUCGCACGGUUGGAGGUUCGCGCCGAAGAAGAAAUAGGUAGGACAUAAUUCCGUCAGCUUAUUAUUGUUUGUAACACCUCUACGAGGAAUUACGGGGGAGAGGAUGUCGCUGACGGAAAUUAUGUCCUUUUUAGGAACCGCUGUCCGCGCUCAAAAAAGGUCCCUAGCUUAGGAGAAUAGUAGCAGGAGAGCGGACUUAGCCGCUCUCAACGUAAAGAUAAGCUAGGAGACUAAG